UUCCGCGCGGUUUCCGGUGUUGUGAAUUGUCUCUGGAAAGAUGGCGGUUAGCAUCCGAGCUCGUCCUAUCCGAAGCAUACGGAUGCGAGGUCGGAAUGACAGUGGGGAGGAAAAUGUACCGCUCGAUCUGACUAGAGACCCUAAAGAUAACUUGCGAGAGAUCCUCCAAAAUGUGGCCAAACAGCAGGGUGUUUCCAACAUGCGUAAAUUGGGUCACCUGAACAACUUCAUUAAGCUACUUUGCAAUGUCGGCCAUUCGGAAGAGAAGUUUGGCUUUACCUAUGAUGAAAUCAUUAUCUGUCUCCGAUUGGCUCUACUUAAUGAAGCUAAAGAAGUACGGGCAGCAGGUCUGCGAGCUCUCCGCUACCUGAUCAGAGAUGGCGCUAUCCUCCAGAAAGUUUUCCGCUUCCAGGUGGAUUACCUGAUUUCCAGGUGCAUUGACAUUCAGCAGAGCAAUGAGGUGGAGCGGACCCAGGCACUCCGACUGGUGAGAAAGAUGAUCACUGUGAAUGCUCAGCUUUUCCCAAGCUCCAUCACCAACUCCCUCAUCGCUGUAGGCAAUGAUGGCCUGCAGGAACGUGACCGCAUGGUGCGGGCCUGCAUUGCCAUCAUAUGUGAACUUGCACUGAAGAACCCGGAGAUUGUGGCUCGGAGGGGCGGUCUCAAAACCAUACUAAAGAAUGUGAUUGACUGCCAGCUCAGCCGCAUUAAUGAGGCUCUGAUGACCACCAUCCUGCACCUGCUCAAUCACCCUCAUACACGCCAGUAUGUGCGCUCUGACGUCGAGCUUGAGCAAAUCCUGGCACCGUAUACAGAUUUCCACUACAGACACAAUCCAGACACUGCAGAGGGACAGCUCAAGGAAGACAGAGAGGCUCGGUUUUUGGCCAGUAAGAUGUCUAUUGUAGCUUCCUUCCGCUCAUGGUCUGGCAUCAUUAACCUGUGUAAGUCAGGCAGUUCUGGCAUCCAGUCCCUCAUUGGCCUACUCUGUAUACCAAAUAUGGAAGUGAGGAGAGGCCUACUGGAGGUGCUGUAUGACAUAUUUCGCCUUCCCGUUCCCAUAGUUACACAAGACUUCAUUGAAGCUCUGCUUAGUGUUGAUCCCAGUAGAUUUCAGGACAGUUGGAGGCUGUCAGACGGCUUUGUGGCCUCAGAAGCAAAAAUUAUCCUCCCUCAUCGGGCACGGUCAAGGCCUGACUUAAUGGAUAACUACCUUGCACUUGUACUCUCUGCCUUCAUCAAUAGCGGACUUCUAGAGGGGCUGGUGGAAGUAGUCACAAGCAGUGAUGACAACAUUUCAGUCCGUGCUACCAUCCUCUUAGGAGAACUCUUGCACAUGGCCAAUACCAUUCUCCCUCACUCCCAUAGCCACCACUUGCAUUGCCUUCCUACACUCAUGAACAUGGCAGCCUCCUUUGAUAUCCCUCAAGAGAAGCGGCUACGUGCGAGUGCGGCAGUGAACUACCUGAAGCGCUUCCAUGAGAAGAAGAAGCGAGGCCCCAAGCCCAAUAGCCUUUAUCUGGACCAUAUUGUCCGCAAGUCAGCUGCUGCCCACUAUUGUCGAGAGCAGCACCUGCGACCCCAGAAGGAUAUCUAUGUGAUUAAGGACACUGAGGAGGCAUUGCUGAUGAAUCUCAGAGACAGCCAUAUUCUCAAUCACAAACAAAACCUGGACUGGAACUGGGUACUUAUCGGUACAAUACUGAAGUGGCCAAAUGUUAAUUUGCGCAGCAGCAAAGAUGAACAAAUGCACAAGUUUGUGCGGAGGCUCUUAUUCUUCUAUAAACCCAGCAGUAAACUAUAUGCUGGCCUGGAGCUGGACCACAGCAAGGCUAAACAGCUUACCGUGGUUGGCUGCCAGUUCAUUGAGUUCCUGCUGGAGUCAGAUGAGGAUGGGCAGGUAUAUCUGGAGGACCUGGUGAAGGACAUUGUACAAUGGCUGUCUUCAUCAUCUGGGCUGAAACCGGAUCGUAGCCUACAGAGCAAUGGUCUCCUCAACACUCUCAGCCAACACUACUUCCUCUUCCUGGGCACUCUGUCUGCCCACCCUAAUGGUGUUAAGUUGUUGGAGAAAUGCGGUGUCUUCCAGUGCCUGCUGAACCUGUGCUCCCUGAAGAAUCAGGAUCACCUAUUGAAGCUGACUGUAUCCACACUGGACUACAGCAGAGAUGGCUUAGCACGAGUCAUCCUUUCCAAGAUCCUCACUGCUGCAACGGACAACUGCAGGCUUUAUGCCACAAAGCACCUGCGAGUGCUGCUCCGUGCCAAUGUGGAGUUCUUCAGUAACUGGGGCAUCGAGUUGCUGGUCACUCAGCUCCAUGACCGAAACAAGGCCAUCUCUAUGGAGGCUUUGGACAUACUGGAUGAGGCCUGCGAGGACAAGGCGAACCUCCAUGCACUUAUUCAAUUGAAGCCAGCACUAACUCACCUAGGGGACAAGGGUGUGCUCUUGCUUUUGCGGUUCUUGUCUAUUCCAAAGGGUUUUUCCUACCUCAAUGAGAGGGGCUAUGUCAGUAAACAACUGGAGAAAUGGCAGAAGGAAUAUAAUCUAAAGUAUGUGGACCUAAUAGAGGAGCAGUUAAAUGAAGCACUCACUACUUACCGCAAACCAGUUGAUGGGGACAACUAUGUACGACGGAGCAACCAAAGAAACAGGUUGCAAAGGCCAAAUGUAUAUCUACCAGUGCAUCUGUAUGGUCAGCUUGUGCAUGAUAAGACAGGUUGCCAUCUCCUAGAAGCUCAGAAUGUCGUACCAGACCUGAGCUAUACGGUGCGCUCCCCAGUGCUGGACACGUGGGAAGGCAUCAAACAACUUAAAGCUGCUCUGUGGGCCUUGGGUAAUAUUGGUACAUCAAACUGGGGUCUUAACCUGCUGCAGGAGGAGAAUGUGAUUCCAGACAUUGUGGCUUUGGCCCACCACUGUGAGGUUCUCUCUAUUAGAGGGACUUGUCUAUAUGUGCUGGGUCUGAUCUCCAAGACAAAGCAAGGAUGUGAGCUUCUGAAGUUGCAGGGCUGGGAUGCGGUGAGGCACAGCCGUAGGCAGCAGUGGCCUGUGGUGCCUGAUGAAGUGGAGCAGCAGCAGCAGCAGCUGCCGCCACCUACCCUGCUCUCCUCAGUUCCCAGCACCCUAAGCCUCAACUCAGAGUCCACUAGCUCCAGACACAACAGUGAGAGUGACUCCACCCAGCCCAGCAUGUACAUUUUGGAUGAUGAUAAGUUAGAGGGUUCAGAACUGUCUGAAGACCAACCCCUGUACUUCAGGUCCAAGCUCCUAAAGGACCGCAGCCCCUUCACCAUCUUGGCCUCCAGUCGCUUCGUCCGCAACCGCUUUCUCAUCUCCCUCUCCGGCAAGAAGCUGCGCAGCACCAGUGACCCCAAAGGCAGCGGUAACACUGGCAGCAGCAGCAAGCUCAACAGUGACCCAAAGCUGGGAGGCCUUCGGAGGAACCGCACAGUCACCGAGCCCUCCGUCUACUCCCCUGGCCAAGGGGACGUUUUCAGCCCUGUAUUUACUGACGGCCUGCCCAAAAGCCCCUCAGUUAGCCUGGAGACAUCCUUUGUGGGAAGCAAGUCAGCAGACCACCAGGGUAGCACACCCAGCAUUGCAGAGGGGGAAGUGCGUGUGCCUCGGGCCUCAGAGCGGAGUUCAGCAAGCGGGGAUGGCCAGCGUGAACAGACCAGCCGAGAGAGGCUGGCAGGUGACAGCUCCUCCUCUGGAGGUGGAGGUCAAUUUAAAAGUCGCAGCCAGAGCUUUAACACUGACACCACAACCAGCGGCAUCAGCUCCAUGAGCUCGAGCCCGUCCCGAGAGACGGUGGGUGCUGUGGAUUCUUCCACUAUCGACACGGACUGCGUCAGCCUCAAUACUGUCAUCAGUGCCCAGACUAUCAAAACGCUCCAUUCUCUCACUCCCCAGUCUAACCACCUGCCUCUGUCAAAGUCCAACUCUGUUCUACUGGUUCCCCCGGGCUCCUCUCACACUCUGCCCCGCAGGGCUCAGUCACUCAAAUCCCCUUCAGUGACCACCAUCACAAGCCUAACAGACUGCAGCUUCAUGUACACCAGUCCUAGGGAUGCGCUGGGGUAUGCUACUCUCAAGCGACUCCAGCAGCAGCGCAUCCACCCCUCUCUCUCCCACAGUGAGGCGCUGGCCUCACCCGCCAAAGACGUACUCUUCACUGAUGCCAUCACCAUGAAAACUGGCAGUCUGGACUCCAGGCUCACUUCACGGAGGUAUUCAAAAAAGCGCUUCAGCUGUCUGGGCCAAGGCUCAGGCGGGCCCCGUCGCCGAAUUCUCCUGCCACGGUUUCUGAAGGCUCUGAGCUUUGCAUCUUUGGAUAAGGAGGAUCUGUUAAGCCCCAUCAGUCAGACCACUCUGCAGCGCUCAUCCUCUGUACGCUCCAUGGUGUCCAGUGCGACCUUUGGAAGUUCAGAUGAUUACAUUGGUCUUGCUCUCCCUAUGGACAUCAAUAAUAUGUUCCAAAUAAAAGAGACUCCAUAUUUCCAGAAGAGGACGAGUCCACCCUCAGAGGACAGAUCGGCAAAGUUCUUCUCUGGAGACUCUGAUGGUCCCAGUGAGGGCUCACGGCAUGGUAUCCUGAAGUCUCAGCUGAGUAUCACAGAGCUGAUGGCAGCAAGCAGGGUGGACCAGCAGCAGCUGCUGGGCUCAGAGGAGACUGGCUUACAGGAGCACACUGAGGAGAACUGCCUCUACUGUGUGGGCUGCAAGGUGCUGGGCUGCAACACGCACACCCCAACACAGAGCCGGCCAGACUAUGCCGAUGCUCCAUAUUCUGAGUGGUGCAGCCAGCCCAUGCACAACCACCUUGAGGUAAUGCCCCAGUCCAAGUUCUCAGGGGUGUCUGGAUGCAGUGAUGCUGUGUCCCAGGGCUCUGCUGGGAGCACCCGCAGUACAGAGCUGGUUUUAGGCGUUAAGACCAUUCCAGAAGAUGCUCCAGCUUGCAGAGUCCUGCUGCGAAAAGAGGUGCUCCGUCUGGUCAUCAACCUUAGCUCAUCAGUAGGAACCAAGGGCCAUGAGACUGGACUGCUCACGAUCAAGGAAAAGUUCCCUUAUGCGUUUGAUGACAUCUGCCUGUACUCUGAAGUUUCUCACCUGCUGGCUCACUGCAUGUUCAGACUAGCUUCUCGACGCUUCAUCCAGGAGCUGUUCCAAGAUGUUCAGUUUAGUCCGCUUUUUGAGGAGGCUGAAAGCAUCCUGUCAAUGCCGCCAAAGUCUACCACUGUAGAUCCUGCACCAGAAUCUUGAUUUACUCAAGUUCUACAGCUUCAGCUUGCUGUUCGCCUCCUCUUCUUCACCCAGUACCCCUAUUCAUUCCACUGGCCUGGCCCUGAAUUUAGGAAGAUGGAGGCAUUAAGAGGUAAUAUGAGGAUAUGGAACAGGCACAGGGUGAACAGCAAAGACAAAAUAUGGACAGCUGUUGCUGAAUGUGUAUGAAGAAAUCGGUACGGCAUGUUAAGGAAACAGGAUUGACGAACUUUCUGCCUGAACAAAAAGCCUGAAAUCAAGACUGGAAUCUCUUUAAAGCCCUGUCAAUGGAAGAUGUAACCAAAAUAUAGUGUUUGACCCACCGUAAAAAGCACUGACAAUACGGUGUAAUAAAAUUUAGAAGCUGAACUAUAAAAGAAAGAAAAAUAAUAUCGCAUCUUGAAAGAAGAAAUGCUGAAAGAAUACAAGAUGCUGGUUAUGUUCCUAUAUCAGUUCUGCACAGUUGUGAUUGUCCUUAACUAGGGGCCAAUGCAAACAGACUGAAACAACUCAAGCAUGUUUUCUAACUCUUCCCUCAGUGGAUACUUCAGCUUUGAUUUUAACACUACAAGAUUCCAGUGGUUUGUAUCAGAUCUCUCUGUCACUAAUUUCAUUCAUGUGUAUAAAGAAAUAAGCAGUGAGCCUGUAAUUGAAGCAUUCAUUGAAAACAAGUGUAAGACACCCAAAUGUAAGACAAUCAUCAAUUAGUAGUCCAACUGACUGGCAUGGAUUAAUGUUCUAAAACGUGCCCUUGAUGAGGUUUUUGUCUAAUACAUUUGAACAAGAUGAAUAAAUACAGAGGCUCAAGUUAGAAAACCUGUUUAUGGUGAAAUGUGUUCAUCAAAGCCAUGGUCAGGAUGGUUUUAGGGCUGAUUAGAUGUCAAAUGGUUCCUUUAAUCUGCUCAGACUACAUACAGUGAACUGUACCAUCUUGUUUCUCCUAUCAGAAGUAUGAAAAAUAUGCAGUAAUGAGAGUUGAUCAUCCUGACUGGGACUUUAUGUACUUAGAUUUUUUGGCCCUAUUUCUUGCUCUUUAUUUUCAGUUGUGUCUAUAUUGACAAAAUACAUUUUGUAAGACUUUGCCACUUCUGCAAAAAACAGUGUCCUCACCACUUCCCUACAACAGGCUAGUAUCAACACUGAGAAUCUUACCUACUUUACCAACUGAACUGUCUGGUCCUAAAUAUUCAUAAAAAUGUACGUAGUAUAUUUAUGAAUAUUAGAAUGUUGACAGUUACAUUGAAAAGUUGGAACUGUCCUGUUGCAGGAAAAUGUUGUAGAAUGAGACUUUAUGAAAAUGGACAGGAGGAGAGGCUUGGUUCACCAAGAAAAAUUCACACUAUCCCCCUUCACUCCAAAAUCACUAUUUUCAGUCCCUGAGUUUUGCGUCUUUAGUUUAGAAGUGGAGCUGCAUGGCUAAUGUAGUUAACAUGUAAUGGAAAUCAUUUAGGCAAUGCAGAUUUCUGUUAUAACUUUGCAGCUCCAGUGCGAAAACAAUGAAACAAGUCAAAUGUGAGACACCAAACAAGUUUUAGUUGAUCAACUACGAUUGGUGUAAGACAUAAAAGUUUGUUACUUCCAGUUAUGUUUGAUUUUUCCGGUUAACAAUUCCUUCUACAUCUGGAUGGCAAACCCCCAGAAUGAUUUGGUUUGAAAAUGAUAUCCUUUUAAAUGUAAAGGAGCUUUAAAUGGGUGAAUAUCAUUCCACAAAUUUCAGUUUAUAGUGUCUUAUGAUUAGAUAAUUGUCUUAAUAUUUAUCAGACAUCAACCAUAAACCUUCAAAAGGUUCCUGACCAGAAAAUGGCUUUUUGUUUCACCUUCAGCAGAGCUUUUGAAAAAUGCAUGAUAUUUAUUGGCUCAGAGCUGCUGGACAAAAACUUCAUCAAGCUGCUUUAAGUGAGUCUUGCCAAGGUGCAAAUUUCAUCAUUCGCGAUUCAAUUGUCAUCUUCAUGAAAUCGACUUGCUUCUUCUCGUUGUAGCAUAUUUGUAACCAUAACAUUAAACUGACAGGAAAUUAUUAGAGUGUAGAAUGUGGAGUAGUGAGGGGAAAAUAAGCAUUUGUGCCUUUUUCUUCAUAUCAUAAUAAGUUUCCCAAAAACUUUGAAAUCGCAUUUUGAAUAUCUCAUAGCACUCCUCAAAUGUAGCAAAAAAAGCAAAACAUUAAGUAUAAAAUUAUUGACUAUAAGUUUGGAGCUUUAGUGUAUUAUUCUGGCUGUUAUUAUUUCAUCAGGCUGCCAGAAACCGCUGACAAGCACCCAUUUUUAAAAGAGUAAGCUAGUACUGCAUAGUGUGAUAUGAUUGCUGUGUCAGCCUGAUUUCCUUCUAGAAACAUGAAUUCUUUUAAUCAGAACCCAUUUCUAGCUUGCAGUGGUCUAAGUUGGCACUAAGGCAGAUUUUAUUCAACAGGAUUUAUUUUUUACAGAUGUGGUCAAAUUAUAGCCUUUACAUAAUGGCCAUUACAUAACAAAGACACAACCAUGCUUUACUCUCUCAGAUUUAGUUUCAGUGGAGCGCUGCAUGCAGCCUUCUUGGUUGUGAUGAAGCCACGACAAUGCCUUUCGUCCGCUCAGUUCCUCAUUCUAGUCUUGGAGCGGUUCAUUAGUUGUUCAUCAGAUAAAGGCUGAUUGCUAACACGGUUCCACCUUGUUCUCUCAAUGAGUGCAUGGUCCGUAUCUGAAUAAUUUUAUGCAAUGUGCCUGUUGAUUCCAAAUAAAUUAUUUUGGUAUUGUAAUUGGUUUUAUUGAAAUAGAACGAUGACAUUGUUUGCUUCGUUUUGGCUGGACCAGUCAUGCUAUUUAGGCAACUUUAAUUAUUUUGCCUUAUUUUUUGGAUUAGCUUUAAUCCUGUUAGACUUAAUGAACUUGUCAAGGCUUCUUUUUUAUUUAUUAUAGAUUCUAAUAAAUCAGCCUCUUUGUCUGCCUUGGAUUUUCCCUGAAACAUCAGGUUUUUAUCAUUUUUGAAGUGUGUGCAUUGUAACGUAAGUUAUGACUCUUAAAUCGCCGGCAAUAAUAACAGUCCUUCCUUGUGUGGUUUUGCAUAUGUGUUCUUUUGUUUUUUUUUUGUUUUUUUUAAAUAAUUGAUUUUAUUCCUAUUGGCUGCCUCAUGAGAUGGAUGAGCUGAUUUGGAGCCGGACAGAUAAAGAGCAUGUAGAUAUGGAGGAUCCUCUCCUUUUUUUUUUUUUUGUUUUCCCUCACACUGAAAAUAGAAACUGUGUAUGGAUUGUUAACGUUCUAGAAAGUGGCCCCCUUAUAAAGUAUUGUAGCCGGAGGAUGUGCUUGUGAAAGCAGCAUUUUAAGUUGGUUUAAAAUAAGGAACGUCUGAACUGAUUCGCUUAAAAUGUUAUUUCCCCUUUAUCAGUGUUGACAAAAAACCAGUGUUACGUUCUCUUCCCUUGACUGUGAUGCUGGUACUUACUGCAUGAGACAUUUUUGAGCGUGUUUUUGCGCUGGUGGUUAAAGUGCCAGAGAAUACAAGAUACUAAAUUAUAGCCAAUAUUUAGCCUUUAAUUUCUGGGGCCGGAUUCUGAAUAUGUUGCAAGGGUUUUUCCUCCAUUGCUCCUGGUGGAGGAAAUGGUGAAAAUGUUUUUUUUUUAUUUUAUUUUAUUUUAAUGUACAUUUGUGUCAUGUAAAACAAAAAUGAUGCACCUUCCAUUCUUUUCUCUGAAGUGCACUCAUGAUUUUGCAGAGCACUGUAUUAAAUUUAUUAAGCACCAUUUAAUAUUAAGAUUGCAGAAAUGGAUGCAAGAAGUGUUAUUUAUAUUUUUCCUUAAGGAAAAAAAAAACAUCUCUCAGAAAGCUGUACAUACUUGUAAUGUUACCUUUUCCCUAAUUGUGGUCUCCCUUGUAUAGUUCAGUGUUUGUUUUGGGCAUUAGCAAAGAGCCUUGAGAAACAAUCUUAUGAAAAGGAUGCAUUGUUAAUAAAAUAUACGUGAAAUUCA